GAGCCUGUCUGUGACUGUAGCCUCCCCAGACCGUCCUUUUUGUUCCCGAGUUGCCUGUGGGUUUCUUUAACUCUGAUAUGAACCUCUGGAGAGAGCCCCCGCCUGUAUCUGCCGCUCCGCAAGCAGGGGGCAGGCACGGAUCUGUGGUUCUGAACAAAUGUGUCGAGCCUAAUGAACUACCUAAGCCUUUGUCUGGAAUUCACGGCUCCCUCCAUUGGCUGUUCCUCCCUGUUGUGCAGCAAUGAGCCUGUUGGCUUUGUGGGAUUUCAGUGCUGGAAACGUGCCAGAGGCCGGGGUGUGCCAUAGAAUGGAGUUCCUCUGGUCCCCAGCUGCUCAGCUGCACACGGCUCACCUGAGGCCCGGCGGACUUGAACAGGGUAGAAAUCGGAGCCAGUCUGUACUGUAAUCUGUUUGUCGCGCACUGUCGCUCAGUGAGUACAGCGGAAUGGAUUUAACUACCUGUGGGAUCAGGCAAAACUUCACUAUUAAACUGAGACUGGUGUUUCAAGCCUUCUUUGUACACGUUUAAGCUGUUCCUGGUAGUGUUGUAGGAUAGUAUGAGGCUGCAGAAAAUAAGGUGACAGGAAGAGCUGAAGAAACUGCACAAAGUGACCAGUCCCUUGACUAAGUCACUGUUUUUCUGUCCCCAGUGCUACCAAACUAAAUCCAAGUGGAAACUGUAAAUGGAGAUGACGUUCUGUGGUUAAAUAACUAUGCAUGUGUCCUUAAAAACAUGACAACUCGCUCUGCGACAACCAGCUUUCCAUCGCCUGGUUACUGCUUUGUAUUUUGUGGUUACUAAGCUACCUCUCUCAAGUUAGACCACAAAGCUUGCUGGACAUUCCAGAGACUACCUUAACCCUCUUCAUUCUGGCUGCUGAAAUGCUGGAGGCCUGCAGUAACCAUGGAGAUAUGUCAAAGGCAGCAAGAUCAGAAAGCUUUGUACUCAUUUCCCAAGAAUCCUCAAUUCACUAGAAGUCCCAGUAAUGUACAUUCCUGAAGAAGAAUCCUAAGUGGAUGGAGAAUCGACUGAGUGCUGAGUUACUGAAGAAACAAUAACCAUUCAAAAAGCAAGGGGCCCAGCAAAUCCUCACCAGGUUACUCUUUCUCCAGCUCCCGUAGUGCUUCUGUGGUAGAAUGAGGUGAUGCCACGGGAUGGAAGUCUCUGGAACACAGGAGCUGGACACAGACUUGGAGCCAGAACCCGACCUCGAAGACCAGGAUGAAGAUAUUUUCAGUCACAUGGACGAGAACGGGAUAAUCAGAAUGGACGAGGUUGAUGAAUAUUAUCUGCAGAACCCCCUGGGACUGGAAGAGAGUUUAGAAACUGAUGCGUACAAUGACCCUAAGUUGGGCUUCCCGGAAAACCCACAGGACUCUGUGGACGAGGAGAGCUUUAACAUCAGUGAAUUUCAGGAUUCGGAUGCUGCUCCAUUGUCGCUGUCUUCAGAGGAAGAUCCAAGCCCCAGCCAUCUGAUGUAUGAAUCAGACCCACAGGAGGACGACGAGAUUCUCAAUGAUCAGCAUUAUGAGCAAGGUCAACAAAGUGACAAAACUGAAGAUGAGAAGGAUCUGGGAUCCUAUAACUUUCAAAAUGAACUGGUUUCAGUGGAGCUCAAGGAAGUUGAAGAGGAUUACCCUGACCUGCUGUACAAAAAGGAACUUGCAGAAACAUAUCCAGACACGAUCAGAGACUUGUGGGGCCAGUAUAGAAAAACACCAAGUAUACUAAAUUAUGGCGAUGACUUCCCAGUGCAAAGAAUAAAGGACAACAGUAUGAAACUUUCUGAUCAGUCCGUUGGGCGAAAUAACCGCUCAAAAACACAGGGUAAAUAUUCUAGCCUAGCAGUUCAUGAUUAUUAUUCUGAAGACUUUGAAACAAGGUACUCCAAUGAUGUAGGUCAUCUUGGAGGUGUGUUAGAACUGUCCGAUAACAGCAGACAAUGUGCCAGUGAACCCAAGAAGGAAGGAGAGGAUAACUCUUCAUCGAAUCACUCAGGGUUCCGCUUUAAUGAGGUGAUGCUGGAACGCCUCUCAGUUGAGGACAGGGCGAAUGAAGCAGAUAUUGAGGCUGAGAGUAUUCCUGGGUCGUCAUGUUCUGACAGCGUUGGAGAAUCAGUGGGAGGAAAUCCUACAAAAGGAAGAACUUCUGUAAAGGAUCCAUGGUGUGGUAACAGAAGACAUGAUCAAAUCAGACAAACUGAGGUCAGUAAAUCAGCAUCUAAUGGCCACAUUGAGUUAAACAAUUGUCAAACACAUCCACAUUCUAGUAAACCAUUAACAAAUAAGAACAGCCAGCAGAUAAAAACUCUAAACCCCCAAAGAGGAACAGUUAAACAAAGAACAUCAACAAAGCCACUUUCACGAAAGAUUAGCUCAGAAACCGCAAUUUAUGGCCGGGGUCAGCUUAACUACCCGGUACCAGACUUCUCUAAGGUGGAGCCCCGCGUUAAGUUCCCCAAGGAUGAGCAGGUCUACCAGAAGCCCAAGAGGAAGGUUACUGCCUUGGUGAAGAGCAGAACAGAACCCCAUCUUCUCCAUUCUCCUGCCGAAAUUGUUCGCCAGGUGCUGCAGAACAGCAGUGAGUGCCCUGUCAUCACACCGACACCGUCCGAGGUCAAGGUGCUCGAAGAGUUCAAGUGCCCACAACAAGCCACUGAGAUGGUCUAUCAGCUGCAGGAGGAUUAUCGGCGCUUGCUCACCAAGUACGCUGAAGCAGAGAACACCAUCGACCGGCUGCGGAUUGGGGCCAAGGUCAACCUGCAUGUUGAUCCUCCUAAUCCGGGGCACAGUUUCCAGGGAGAAUCCUUGAAUCGGGCUUCAAAGAUCAUGACGUUUGCCAUCUCACAUCCACAGAAAGCCAAAUUAGGCCCCUCUCGGGACUCCAAUGCUCAAACAGAAUGUCAGGACAUGCGGGAGUUGCCAGGAACAUUGGGUGGGACCUGGAUCUCCAGCCAGAAUGACCCCACAAUGGAGACAACAGCAGGCGACUGUGUGACUUGGGCCCUUGCCCAGCAGAUUGAGGCUCUGCAGGAACAGAUUGGUACAUUUGAAACAUUCCUAAAAGCUAGAAAGCUGUCAUCAGGGGCUCAGCUAAAGGCAUUUCAGAAAUUGAGGGAGGGUCAAGAGGUCCUAGAGCAAGGAUAUCUCCAGGCCCGGGAGGAAUACCGUGGCCUCCAGCAGCAGAGUACCAGUGCCAAUAGUUACACCAUUGGCAAUUUUGACCCCAACAGGGAAAUGGAGGGAAACAUAUUUCGGCUUGGAAUGCGCUUGGAGGAUAUGAGGGAGCAGAUUGACCAGGUGCCUGAGACCAGUGCCCUGACAGACCAUAGUUCCGAUGAUGGCGUGAAUCCUAGCUCAUGGAUCACCAGAAGACCAGCCCCACAACCAUGCAGACCAGUGCCAAUAGUACAGCCUCCAAAACCUGUGCUUCAGACCACAGCAGACACAGAGCAGAACCCCAAAUGUCAGAGCAUUGUUCCUAGUGCGAUGUUCCAGCUGGGGAAGGUGGAUGUGAUGGUGAGCUCAGUGAGCGGGGACAGUGAAGAUGAGGAUGCCUUUCCUACUACCCUGAAACACAAGAAGAUACAAUUGGAGGAAAGCCUUGAUCAGCUGCUUGACCAAUGUGGAAGUUUCAAGGAUCUGCCUCUGUCACUGGAUUUCAAAAAGGCGGGACAAGUCCCUGAAUCCCCACCCCCACCCCCAAAAGCAUUUGGCCAGGAAGUGGAGAGAGUGAAUCAGAUGAAGGAGGAAAGGAUGAGAGCUUCUUACAGUGAUAUGGAUGUAGAUAGCAGGAAGACCCCUGAGCCGAGGCAACCAAUGGAAAUGCAAAAAAUGUUCUGCAGUGGUUAUAAGGAAUCACAACAGUCUGUUCUAGAUAGAGGCCAGAUGCCCCCCAGCGUCCAAUCCUUCCAAUCACGCACCAUGUCUGCAGACCUGACAGAAGCAUACUUGACUGAAGGGACGGCUCCUUCACCUGGCAAGAGUGACACUCGUGUGGAUGGAAUUGUCUCUCCAGAACUUGAGUCUUGCAAAACACUUUUCCAAGUGGCUGCAGUCCCACCAGAGGAACGCAUUAUUUCUCCAGAGACAGACAGCGGGUUUGUGGGCUCAGAAGUCAGCCGGAUCACACCAGCCAUCCGUUCUCCUGAACGUCAUCACCCUCUCAGCAGAUCUCCAAGCCAGAGAGAAACAUUACUGAAAUCUCCCCCAGGAGGAGUGGCACGACCUAAGCAAGCCCUCAGCUCUCAGGAGGCUCCUCAGAGAGGCAUGAACCACCACUUCACCAUCAGCCAGAACCGACAGGGAUGGGGAAAUAUUGUCCAAGGAGGUCAUUCCCAAACCAGCUCUCCACAGCUCUGCGCUGGCAGCACAAUCAGUGAGUUCGAGCAGGACACCUUCAUCAGUCACAUGGAGUUGGAAGCUGAUGGUCUCGGCCCCUGUGCUGGGCAGAGGUGUCAACGUUCGUCUCUGAUCUCAUCACCUUUAACCUCCCAUCCUAAAGUUCAGUACAGUCCCAGCCUUUUGAACAUUCGAUCAGCAAGAGAUGAGCUGAUUCAAGCAUUGCAAGUAGAGGUUUCACAACUCAGGGAGCGCCUGCAGCAGACUUUACAGAAGCCCCAAGGAGAUUCCAAAAGGAAUUCACCACCACCCAGACCUCGAAGGCACCUUAUUCACCGGCAUUCCCUCAGGAGGAAACUCUCACAGAAAAGUGAGGAGGAGGGAGAGGGCCAGAUGAGCCACAAACCUUCAGCGAGUCACAGCCACUCGACACCAAUGCCAUACUUCGGAUCAGAGCCCGAAAUCAGCACUGAAUCUGAAGCAUUGUCUUCUUUCCCACAUCCUCCUGCUUCAAAGCAAGCUUCAAUUAGCCAGAUCAAUGAGAGGCCAUCUCCUUCCAAGAUCCAAAGGUCCAAGCCCAUUAGAGGUCCUUAUACAGGCACAGAUUACAGUUUCUUUGUAUCACAGAACCACAGACUGGAAUGUGGAAAUCUAUACUGCCCCUCCCGUAACAGAUCUCCAACAAAGGUGGUCGAUGGUCCAUUGAGGAUGGCAGACCCCCUCACCAGCAACCCCAGAAGCAAACCUUGUCCUGCCUGUAAAGGAUUGGGAAUGUACGAUGAGCAUGGAUCUGCUGGGAAACCAAAACAUUUUACUAAAGAUGAGAGAAGAUCAUCUGAGGGGCAUAAAGGCCGGGGGCAGCGAACAGUUCAAACAGCGGAGUCUCCUGUCGCCACUGGCUAUGUUCCACCACCAUAUUACGUGCCUGGUGCUUCACAAGUGUAUUUCUGUGCCCCAGCUUGGACAUAUGUGUCACCAACACAGUCCCACAUCUACUACCCGUUGGGAUAUAAGGAACUGCGCUCAAGGCCAAACCCUGGAGCCAAAAGGUCCAAAAGCCAUCGUAAGCCAUUGUCAGCACUCAGUGACAGCCCAGACGCUAGCGAUGAAGCAUUCAUGGUGUUGGACCUCAAUAGCUCCCUGGACCAGUUUAUCAAGGCUGCAAAGAGCAUGAAAUGGACAACACUGAAGAUGGUGAAGUCACUCACAACUGAUCUUCGUAAGGUCAAGACCAGCUGACAAAGCUCCCUCCUGAACACACUUUUGCUUCAUUCAUUGUGUUUCUUCUCAUUGUUUAGCUGAAGGUCAUCACCAACACCAUUUCUGAUUUUCUUCUUUAAUUUUGGGAUAUUAGUCAUAAGCUCAUCUCCAAAUCAAAUGGGUAUGUCUGUCUGUAGUCAUAAUUCAAUGGGAAAAAUUAAUGACCAUAAAUCUGCCUUUGGACAGUGCAGUGGUUAUGAGCAAUUCAGGCAGACAGUGUUAAACAGCAUUGUGACUUCCAAUUCACAGUUAAUGUGAUGAUGUGGUACCCUGAGCUGAGUGAAUCACCAGUCAGAGAUGGGAAACUUACACAUGUGUCAUCGAGAUUGUGACUCUGACAAGCAAGAUUGCAAUGUCUCCUCAAACUAUGGGCUGUUAUUCACCAACUUCAUGUCUCUUUUUCACAUUGUCCCAUGAUUAGUCACUAAGCUUUUGGUUAUAAAGUUAGCCUAGUCCUUCUUGUGCCAUGAAUUUCUUAGCUGAAAUCCAUUAUAAACAAUCUCCUGUCUGAGGGCAAACCAAAGGAGAGCCAAGGUCACCCAUGCUGUUCCAGAUUGCCAAAAUGCUUUACUUCAGUAAUUGCAGUGUGCCUGCAAUUAUUCAUUAUCGUGCAUUUGUAUUGUGGAUGUCAGCCAUUAUCAAUAUGAGCAAAGCAUCUGUGUGCAGUCAGUCACAGAGGUCUCCAGUGUGACCCCAAGAGGGUCAACAGAGAUUUAAAAUUAUGUUAUUGCCUGGUUCAUGUUUUCAGAUUGUUCAGACUUUCACAGUUUUAAGUAAUAGAAUUUGGGAUAUAGUAUUUUUACCUCAAGUGCCAGCUAAGUAUAUUGGAUAGAAUUGAGGUUGUUAGCUUUUUAAGAAUCCUCCAUAGGAAAGCAAAUUUGCACUGAAACUUUGAUGUAGCUUGUAUCCUGGCACUUGAAUUAUUAUUUACGGUGCCUCAUACUCUGUGACUUGUUACCCAUGUUACACAACUCUGUGUAACAGCUUAAUUAGAUAUUAAACUCAGGGAAUUGUAGCUUUCAAAUUAACAAAGACUUGAUUCCUUCCAGUCUGACACCAAAGCAGAUCAUCUGUUUUUAAAGAUUAGGUUAUUCUAGAUACAUGGUGAAUUUUGUUCAAAACUCCAUAUAAGUUGAGACCAAAAUACUAUGCUGAGACUCAAAGUGGUCCACACAGACUGGGGAAGCUCUUAAAAUGUCCUCAGUUGGUGCUUCCUUGUCAGUGUCUUGGGAUUGCUGAUUUACUGGGACCAACAGUUUGCAGAUGAAGAAGCAAUCAGUGCCCUCAGAUCUGAAUGGAACCAAUCUCUCUUGGGUUCGAUUUAUUUACCACUUUUCUGCCUCACCUGCAGGAAACCAGUGAAAAUGCAGUCAACUUCUGACUUACAUGAACUUCAUGUAACUUGACUAGACUUGGAAGUGGCAUGACAAUGGCAUAAAUGUCAAAGUAUCUUUGCUGUGCCUGAACCAAUCCACAGAAAUUUAAACAAGCAAUUGAUUCCAGCUGUUAAAAGUUUAGAGUUUUUGUGGCAAAUAAAUAGUUACACAUUGUCAGAUUUUAUGUUGACCUUUAAAGACCAGUUUCUGGAGAGCCCUCACUGCACAUAAUUAAAAUCAGCUGGAGGCAAACUUCAGGCGUGAACAAACCAGUGAUGUUCAUCACUGAUUACUGAAUGCACUCAGUUAAGUAUGCUGUACAACUCCAUGGAGUCAUACUUCAUAAAGAUUUUGUCGAGCUUUCCUCUAGGGUUUUCAGAUCUGAAUGUAUUUUCCAAACUUGUCACUUUACAGAAAUUUGGAAAGAAGAGAUCAGCACAUAAAAAGUGUCUAAGAAACAUUAACGUGUUCAGUGGGAAUAUCUAUAAUCUGAUAAAUUUGUGCCUCCUGAAUAACAUUCUAAAAUGCCUGGAAUGGAGCCUCUUUGAGCUUGGCACAGAGUAUCUCAGAAGAUGGUCCAAUUUUGCAUUGUUUCCUCCCUGUGUAUUGUGUAGCUGAAACUCAUUUACAUUCUUCACUGAGCUCAACAGUUUAAUGUUAUGGAUUUUAGGUGUUCAUAUUGUAUCAAUAAUUCAUUAAUGUCCAUGAUUAUGGUUAGGGAAUGUGAUCAUAAUCUCACAGACUUUUUUAAUGAAUUCUAUGCAUGGCUGAAACGACAGACUCGAUUCAGGGAGUUGGAGACUGUGUUGUCAUUUUUGUGAUGUAUAUUGGGAAUAUAAUCUGCGGUCUUUUAAAUUAUCAACAAGUGUAACUGUGGUACCUUUCUGUUGCACCUGCUGAUGGGACUCAGUUUAAUCACUUCUUUUGUGAACUGUACACAGAAAAAGUGAAAGCUACGACUGUGCUUCACAGUGCGAACUGAGUAUUAUUUAAUUUAUUCCUUGUAUUCCAGUUACAACAAACUGAGCAGAGAAUUAAUUCUUACAUCCUACCACAGAUAGCAGUUGGGCCCACUUAUUAAUAUGCAUCACUUAUUGUGCAACGGUUUCAGACAUACAACAGCAUUUAGAACUUAACAAUCAAGAAAAGACCAGCUGAUUUAUCAACCUCAGCUCAACAAGGUGGCUGCAGUAUCUUUCCCAGAGCGUGUCUAAGCAGUAGUAAAUUCCACAGCCAUCUGCAAAACUCAUCGCCUGUCCACUCAGUCCAGAAGGUCACACCGAUCACUCAUGAUCUAGAAAUCCACUUUAUGCUGGGCUCAGGAUUAAGUUUGGUUCCUUCCUGAAAGCAACAAUUGCUGCAUGAAUCUGAUGUAUUCUCCACAUUUUCCCUGAACCAUAAAGAGUGUUUCAAUGAACCCCAUAUUUAAUGGCAGGUAGUUUUGUACAUUUUAUAGGUUCUUCUAUGGAGUGUUUAGUUUCUCAAAAGAUGCUUUAGUUCCUUUGCUUUGAGCCCAACAGUGGUGUAAAAGAACAAAUGUCUGUGUUAUUACUGAUAUUGAAAUCCUUGCACUCUGAUCAGUGGUGCUCUUUUCCCCAUUAAAUAACAUCUUGCUCCAACGAAUUUUAUCUUCUCUCAUUAAUGACAAUGUUAGCACAAACUUGUUUCACUGAUUCACCCUAAAAUGUCAGUUAACUGUUAGAUCAAAAACGUAUUAUUUUUUACGAUGUAAACAAAAAUAAAUAAUAAUUAGUUUUGUAUGAAGUGGUUUUACAAAAUAUUUAUUAUAAUUUUUGUAAUAAAUGUGAUGUGGUACAAGUUAGAAACCUAAGUUUUUACAAACAAUAUUUUUCUUUGGAAUAAAUUGAUC